UCCUCCCACAUGCUGAUCCUGUUUACGUGCUUAGGACAAGUUCUGUUUUAUGUCCUGGUGCUAAACACCUUUCCUUAAGAUAAAAGAUGAUGAAUGCCUUUGAAUGAGAGCCGCUGAAUGGCUCAAGCCUACUUAAGCACUUCAUUAAGGAGAGGUUGGGCCCGGUCAACACACACACUCCCAACCCAGGGCAGAAGCAGGCCAGUCGAUGCUAAGCCCGAAUACUUUGGAGACAGCCUUUGAAGUAGAUCUCCGCCUAAAGACACAAGGUUUCAGCCUGGAGUGGAAAUUUGAUUAGCUCCACUUGGGAGCCUUGUUCCCUGGGUGACAUUUGGGGCCAAAUCAAGAGCUUGUAUAAAUAUCAGAGAGGGUGUUGGAGCCAGAAGGGACACUCUGGCAGCUGUUCUCCUACUGUAAGGACUACAGCCAUGGAUAUACUGCAGCCUUGCCUGCUCAUGCUUCUGUUUGCUCUUCAUCAAGGGUUGUCUGCAGUGCUGAGCAAGCCUGCAGAGCAGCAAAACCUGUUCACACAGAGGGCAUGCUGCAAAAGACAAAGUCACUUUGUUUACAUUGGACAAGAUAUAUCUGGAAGACCUGUUAAUGUGGAUAUGGGAAUGUGCAGGUCACAUUGUGGGGGUACACCAAGGACCUCGCAUGAGUCUGGACAUCAGGGAUAUUCCAAACACACCUCAAUGCUGGAGUACCUCAGGAGUAAAAAGGUUAAGGUGCGCGAACCAGCGACUCGAGAAAGUCCGGAAAGUUUGGGCCACGUCCCGUCGUGUGGAAGAAACCACAUUUGUGAGCCGACCGGAAUGAGAGUGGAACGGGUUCUGCUGUUUGAAGGUCUGCGGGAAGUGGAGGUCAUCGAAGAAUGCCAAUGUGAAACCAAACUGUCCCAAUGUGUCCGAGUACCUGUGCUCAAGACGUACUUUUACGAAACCCCGUACGAGACCGUUAUUGACGUAGGAGGAUGCUCCAGAUCCAAGGGGUUUUCAGAGGGAUUCUCCUGUAUUCCCACAAAGUUUGACUCUGCCCUUGUGGAGACCCCCAACAAAGUGGACCUCAUCCAGACUGUGGAGGCAUGUGAGCUCAAGGAGAACUGCUACAGGGUUCCAUAUUUGGAAUACUACUAUGAGAUCAUCGACAGUGCAGAUGGAGUCAAACAGGAGAGGCUGAAGGAAAUAGAUGUGGGCAGAUGUUUGGGAAGCUGCACCACAGGAAACCGUUGCCUUCUCAGGAGUCCCUCCGAUCCAGACCAGUGCCAGCUAUGGGCUGACAGGCCAGCCAACUCCUGUGUUCCUCAAGGCAACGAAAGUCACAUUUUUCGUGACCAACAUGGAGAAAUCCGCACCGUUCUCUCCAUUACCUCUUGUUUUUGCCAGCCCUGAGCAUUGCACCUUCCACUGGACUGCAGAGAGACCAUGCCUCAACUUCAAGUCUUUGACACUUUGGAAAUCGUCUUUGUUCAUAAGUGGUAGCUGUCUGCUAACAGCAGAUUUGCUGGAACAACCCCAAAGUUCAUUGCAACAAUUUACUCAAGAUAUUAUUGUUAUAUAUGUAAUAUAUGUAUAAAGUAAUUUUGUAAA